GUAAAAUAGUGUCUGAGGAGAAUCUUUCGGCUGUCAGCUGAGCGCGCCCCCGCACUGACGCAGCAGCGCGCACCUAGCCACACCCCCUUUAGUCAGGUAACGUAAUGUUUCAAUAGACCAGCUCUAUAUUUAAAAAACAUUUAAAAGUUGUUGGAUGGCCUUAAUAUGAUUCGUUAAAAUUAAAUCACACUUGUACAUACUAUUUCAAGAAAGUACAUAACGAUUACGCGCUACUGGGCAUGUCCCUUCUUAAAGCACUUCCGCUGGCGCCAUUUUUAAAUGUCGCCUCAGGUCAAAAAAAAACAAAACAUCUGAGAAUGGCGAUGAGAGGAAGAACAACAACAAAAUGACUCGCGGAACUUGAGAGGUCUUGUUAAAACUACCAUAUAUUUAAGCGCAUUUUGAAGGAGAGCACACCGAUCUCACCAUCAGAGUCCAACACAUCCACUUUAAAGUCCACAAAACCAUCAUGUGUGCAUGCAGUCCGUUUUUUAGGAUCGUAUUCUCUGGCAGAUGGGACAGCAAUGCAGAAGAAUUCUAUGAUGUCUCGGAUGUUUCUCCGCACAUCAUGUCCUGCAUCGUUCAGUACGCUUGCACAGAAUCCGUUCACAUUUGCCAAGAAAAUGUGGCGGAGCUUCUGGUAGCGGCCGAUCGUUUUUUGAUAUUGAAGUUAGUAGAUGCCUGCUGUGACUAUCUGGAGUCACAAUUAUCCCCUGAGAACUGCAUCUGCAUCUUCACGUCUGUCAAAAGUUUCCACUCCUGCUCAAAGCUCUGCAGUAAAGCGAGGUUCUUCAUCUUGAAUCACUUCGAGGAGGUUCUGCGCAUCUCCGAAGAGUUCCUGGAGCUCUCUGCCGAUGAUUUCGUGGAAUUUAUCGGGCGUGAUGAGCUGAACGUCAAACAGGAGGAGAUGGUUUUCGAAGCCAUCCUCCGCUGGGUUGAUCGCGCACCUGAAGAGAGAAAAACUUACACCCCCGUACUUCUGACGAAGGUUCGAAUGGGUUUGAUGGCUUUAGACUACUUCACCAAAAAAGUCAAGAACAACCGGAUGCUGAUGGAGAACCAGUCCUGCGCAUCUGUAAUUUUCAAUGCCGCAAAGGUCUUGUUUGGCAACAGGACUCUUGGAGCCUCCGACCUAGUCCUCAUGAAAGAACUGACACGCCCACGUCUCCCCCCUGCCAUCUUAUUGGCCAUCGGAGGGUGGAGUAACACUGGUCCUACCAGUAGGAUUGAGUCAUAUAAUGUAAGGGCACACCGCUGGGUGGACGUGACUCAGGUGGACGAUGAAGCAAGAGCCUAUCACGGCACAGUGGCACUAGACGGCUUUGUCUAUUAUAUUGGUGGCUUUGAUAGUUUAAAUUAUUUCCGAAGCGUGAGGAAAUUCAAUCCCAUCACGCAAACUUGGCAUGAGGUGGCCCCCAUGCAUGAAGGACGAUGCUACGUCAGCGUUGCUCUUCUGGACGGACAGAUUUAUGCCAUUGGUGGACAUGAUGGAAUCAAUCGCCUAAACACAGCUGAACGAUAUGACCCACAGACAAACAAGUGGACUCGAAUAGCCACCAUGAACCAAUUCAGGAGUGACGCUAGCGCCACCACACUGCACGGCAAGGUGUAUAUCUGUGGUGGUUUCUCCGGAAACGAAUGUCUCUUCACGGCCGAGAGCUACGAUCCUCAGAUGAACCAAUGGACUGUCAUCGCGCCCAUGAUGAACCCCCGCAGCGGCGUCAGUGUCAUUGCUUAUGGUGAUCUAGUAUAUGCUGUUGGUGGAUUUAACGGCGAGAACCGUCUGCAGUCUGUUGAGGCCUAUAACCCUCGAACCGACCGCUGGCACGACGUGGAGCCAAUGAUCUAUCAACGCAGUAACUCUGGCAUCGAGGUGCUGGAUGAUCGCAUGUUUGUUGUCGGGGGAUUUAAUGGAUCGAACACCUGCAAUAACGUGGAGUGUUACGACCACAAGACAAGCCUAUGGAGUAAGAUGAGUGACAUGUCCAUACAUCGCAGUGGUCUGAGCCUCUGUGUAUUAUCAGGAUUUCCUGAAGUCGCAAAGUACUCCGCCAAUCAGGACUGAGAAACAAAAGCGCAUGAGUGGAUGUGAAUAAACGCAUGAAAAAAAAAUCAGUGCUUAAACAUUUCAUGUACAGGUAAGGAUGCUGUGGUGGAUAAAGAAUGUGGUUGUGGAGUCGAACCCUUCUGUUUAAAAUUUUUCUGUAUAACAUUUCAAAUGGUGCUAGAAACAAUGCACUUGCUGUGUUUCACCUUUCUGUGAUUUUCUUAUUUGCUCCUAUAAACCUGCUUUGGAACAAUGCUCAUUGUGAAUACCGCUAUAUAAAUAAUCUUGAAUUGAAACCGAGCCAAAGCAAUGCAUCAUGAUAAUGUUUACAGAGUAAACGUUCAUCUUUAAGAUAUUUCUUGAUGAGUGUGUUUUGGUUGUUCAGUUUUAUGACCGUGUGCAUUCUCUCAGCACGUCAUGUUUUAUUAUGUGUGUGAAGCUAUAUAUUAUGUUUCAUGAAUAAGAUGAUGAGUUAAGUGUGAGGAGUAAUCAUUGAAACUGUAUUUUUGACAUGAUCUUAUUUCCGUGCUGUUGAAUUUUAAUGAUUGAAGUCUAACAAGCUUUUUUGGGUACGUGCUUAAACUCCAGCGUUGGGUCAAAAAGGGAUGAACCCAGCCGUUGGGAUAUAAAUGAACAGAAGUGCUUCGUAGGGUCAAAUAUAAACCAUUUCCUGACAUGAUUUAACACAUGGGCUCAUUCC